UUCCAGAGAAAGGAAUAAAAAAAGAUCUCUUGGCUGAUAUUUUUUUUUUCUGCUUGCCUUCGCUUUGCUUUGCUUUUCCUCUCCACAAUAUUCUUUUUUUUUUUAAAUAAAUAAUAUUGAAUCUUUCGCUUCUCUGCAAAUCUCAUCGUUCUCGUCGCGCUGAGUGUGUGUGUUUCUCCGAUCUCCGCCUAUUCAAAACCUCGCGAAAAAGCUCUUUGGGAAGAUCAGAUGUUCUCCUCUUAGAUUCAAUCCGGCAAAAACCUAAUCAGAGAAAGACAUGGAAGAGGAGAGCUCCCCUUCGACACCAGUACAAAGGCUUAGGCAUCGAAAACGCUCCUCUACUGAGAUUCUGGAUGGGGAUAAAGUGAGUGCAAGCCCUCUGCUUGUUAACGAUCGAAACAAGUACAAAUCUUUCAUGGUCCGGACUUACUCUACGCUAUGGAUGAUCGGCGGUUUUGUCAUGGUUGUCUACAUGGGGCAUCUCUACAUCACUGCCAUGGUGCUUGUUAUCCAGAUCUUCAUGGCCAAAGAGCUCUUUAAUCUGCUCAGGAAAGCACCUGAGGAUAAAUGUCUCCCCGGGAUCAAACAGCUGAACUGGCACUUCUUUUUCACUGCCAUGCUUUUCGUGUAUGGCAGGAUCCUUAGUCAACGGUUAGCUAAUACUGUGACUGCAGACCAGUUCCUCUACAGGCUUGUCAGUGGUCUAAUCAAAUACCACAUGGCUAUCUGUUACUUCUUGUAUAUUAUAGGUUUCAUGUGGUUCAUUCUGACAUUAAAGAAGAAGAUGUACAAGUACCAGUUUGGCCAAUAUGCAUGGACCCACAUGAUUUUGAUAGUCGUCUUUACUCAGUCCUCCUUCACUGUUGCCAACAUAUUCGAAGGAAUCUUCUGGUUUCUUCUUCCGGCAUCUUUGAUUAUAAUCAACGACAUCUUUGCUUACAUUUUCGGUUUCUUCUUUGGAAGAACACCCUUGAUAAAGCUGUCUCCUAAGAAAACAUGGGAGGGCUUCAUCGGAGCCUCUGUAACAACCAUCAUCUCUGCAUUUGUUCUGGCAAAUGUUUUGGGUCGUUUCCCAUGGUUGACAUGCCCGCGUCAGGAUUUGUCCACUGGCUGGCUACAAUGUGAUGCUGAUCCAUUGUUCAAACCUGAACCUUUUACUUUACCUGCGUGGAUUCCUGGAUGGUUUCCUUGGAAGGAAAUGGAGGUCCUCCCUGUUCAGUGGCAUGCUUUAUGCCUCGGUUUGUUCGCAUCAAUCAUAGCACCUUUCGGAGGGUUUUUCGCUAGCGGGUUUAAAAGAGCAUUCAAAAUCAAGGACUUUGGUGAUAGUAUUCCAGGACAUGGUGGAAUCACUGAUCGAAUGGACUGCCAGAUGGUAAUGGCAGUAUUUGCUUACAUAUAUCUCCAGUCCUUUAUCGUCUCCCAAAGCGUUUCCGUUGACAAAAUCCUGGACCAGAUAUUGACGAACCUUAGCUUCGAGGAACAACAAGCUCUCUUCACGAGAUUAGGGCAGAUGAUUGGUAACUCGUAGUUUCCACUGCCCAAAAAAACUUCUCUUCAGAUUCUGCUCUGGAUUGUCCUUUUAUCUAUAUCAGUACUAGAGACAAAUAAGUUUGAAAAUUGGAUAAGAUUUGUUUGCUGGCAUUGUAAAUCCUCUUGAAGGGUGUCCAACGUAGAAGUUUAUUUUUUAAAAGUCUUCACAUUUGAUACAAAUAGGUUUGAAGGUGUAUCUUACUAUCUACUUAUGUAGUAGCAUCGGUGCUUCAUUUGUUU